AUGGCAGAGCCAUCGCGACAACCGCAGAAGCGAAAGCCGAAGAUGGCUCUGACGCCGCUUGCGAAGCUCUUGCGACGGAACCCGUUGGGCCUCUGGCUCGGCCGUCGGCGCGCAGCAAAAGAAGCUAGAGAGUACAUGCUGUCGAACCGUCAUGCUCAUAUCCAGAUUCUCGAAGACAGUAUUGCGGCCGAGGUGAUUUCAACGAUGAAGGAUUCGCUCUGGUACAGACACCAGAUGAAGUGCGGCUGCUGGGACGAGUCGGUCAUGUCCUUUGUCGAUCGUAUGAAGAGCCACGUCCGCUUACACCUCCACUUCAAGCACGGCAUCAGGCAAGAGUUCGCCCGCCCGCCUGUGUCGAUCGCUCAUUUUGUCUCCAUCGUCGGCCUUGCGCUGAACCCCGCCGCUACUGCGCGCAUCGCAUCGAGUAUCGUGGGGUUUGAUGCCGUAGCCGGUGUUUCCUGCGCUAAAGGGUUCCUGGGGCAGCGUACGGUUGGGGAUUGGCUGAAUGUUAUCAUCGGUCGACUGUUCUGGGCGAAUCCGCUGGUUUCGCCCAAGCCAAGUUCCAAACGUCAAAUUCCUGACGAGGAUGAGUUUGGAGACAGAACAAUAGAAAAGGUCCACCUGAGAGGUAGCACGAUCAUAGAAGCCUGGGCGAACGAUCCUCGAAUGCGCAAUCUGAGCGGCUGGCACGGCCUGAAGGCCAUGGACGAGCUGGUGGGCGCCCGCGAUCCUGCUUUGCCGCCGACCUGGACGCCAGCAACGCCAGGCCUGCAAUGCGUGUACCAUGGUACCGCGCACCACUACAACUAUAAGGAAGAUAGUUGGCCGGACUCCUUCAUAAAUGCCAACUUUACCGCUCUCUCUGCCCGGCAACUAGGGAGGGCAAACCAACUGGCGCCGAUACAGGUUCCCCAGGUGUCCACCGUGUUUAGUCCCCUGAGGGCGUUCCUUUGGGCUGCCUUUGAGGAUCAAAUUUGUCUUUUGACUUCCUCAGAUAAGCUUGCGUCUCCGCGACGAGGAUGGAGAUGCGGUGGGGACGAGUACUCGGGUAUCGUUCUAUUCAGAUUCAGUAACGUGGAGCCGGUCCCGGCGGAUCUGCGCAGUUACAUCAUCCCCGACGGCCAAGAAAAUGCAUGGGGAGAGCGAUCAUAUUCGCUUGCCCCCGUCAACAUUGACGAGAAACUAGCCUGGUACCAUUACCGCGAUCUGCACGAGCAGCUGAGCGAAGGAGGAGAGUGGCCGGAUGUUGUCCACGGACUGGAGUAUGGUCAAUCGACUGUUGGGGUUUCUUCUUGCCAAAUUAAUACGUGGCGAACCUGUUGGAGAGGCGGAAAGGCGGAGGAGUACCUCAAUGCGCGACACAUUUCCACCUUCGCCAUCACGUUGGAUCUCAUAGGGGCUAAGCAUAUUGAUGAUUCAGUUUCCUCGACUGAUGAUGAUACAAUCGGUCAACCAGGGAAUGCGUAA